GCAGGCACAAGCCAGUGGACUUACCUCAUCACUUCAGCUUGCUGGCUUCAGUGGCUUACUCCAUGUGAACGGUUCUAGUUGUUUUCUUCUUCGUACGGCAAAAGCUCUGAACUGUGAAGUGAAUCAGUGAAUCAAAUGGCUAACCAUAACGGUUCUCAUCAAGGAUGCUGCAAAACGGGUCCUGGCUAUGCUACACCACUUGAAGCCAUGUCCGGUCUCAGAGAGACUCUCAUUUAUGUCACUGCUGUCUACACUGGAACAGGAGUACAGAAGCCUGAUUAUCUGGCCACAGUGGAUAUAGAUCCAAACUCCCCAACUUAUUCAAAAGUCAUUCAUAGGCUACCUGUUCCCUAUUUAGGCGACGAAUUGCACCAUACUGGGUGGAAUUCAUGCAGCUCCUGCCAUGGUGAUCCAUCCGCAGAGCGACGAUUUCUUGUUGUACCUGGACUGGUAUCAGGUCGCAUAUAUGUGGUUGACACAAAAACAAAUCCAAGAGCACCAUCUUUGCAUAAAGUUGUUGAGCCCUCAGAUAUCAUAGAGAAGACUGGAUUAGCUUUUCCACACACAUCUCAUUGCCUUGCCUCCGGCGAUGUAAUGGUUUCGUGUCUUGGAGAUAAGGAUGGAAAUGCUAAAGGAAAUGGAUUUCUUCUUCUUGAUUCAGAUUUUAAUGUGAAAGGAAGGUGGGAGAAACCAGGGCACAGUCCAACAUUUGGGUAUGACUUUUGGUAUCAACCACGUCACAAUACUAUGAUCAGCACAUCGUGGGGUGCUCCUGCUGCCUUUACCAAAGGCUUUAACCUGCAGCAUGUCUCUGACGGAUUAUACGGGAGGCAUCUCCAUGUGUACAACUGGCCUGGGGGCGAACUGAGACAAACACUGGACCUUGGUGAUUCAGGGCUCUUACCAUUGGAGAUAAGGUUCCUGCAUGAUCCUUCCAAAGACACAGGUUUCGUUGGCAGUGCAUUGACUAGUAACAUGAUUCGAUUUUUCAAGACCAAGGAUGGAUCAUGGAGCCAUGAGGUUUCCAUAUCAGUGAAACCACUUAAAGUGCAAAACUGGAUUCUUCCCGAAAUGCCUGGACUUAUAACUGAUUUCCUUAUCUCUCUCGACGACCGGUUUCUGUACUUUGUAAACUGGCUUCAUGGAGAUAUAAGACAGUACAAUAUUGAGGAUGUUAACAAUCCUGUACUUACUGGCCAAGUAUGGGUUGGUGGACUUAUUCAGAAAGGUAGCCCUGUGGUAGCAGUAGGGGAAGAUGGUCAAACUUGGCAAACUGAUGUGCCAGAAGUUCAGGGCAAAAAGUUGAGAGGCGGCCCUCAGAUGAUUCAGUUGAGUCUGGACGGUAAGAGGCUAUAUGUUACAAACUCACUGUUCAGUACAUGGGAUAAACAAUUUUAUCCAGAGCUUGUGGAGAAAGGAGCACACAUGUUGCAGAUUGAUAUUGAUUCUGAGAAAGGUGGUCUCAAGGUUAAUCCAAACUUCUUUGUUGACUUUGGAGCUGAGCCUGAUGGCCCUUCCCUUGCUCAUGAGAUGAGAUAUCCUGGUGGCGACUGCACUUCAGAUAUAUGGAUUUAAUUAAAUUAAACCAUAUGUAUCAUAUUUGUAAGAAACGUGUCUUAUGUUGUUUUGUAAUCAGCUACAAUUACGAUCUUCUUCAAGUAUGACAUAUUAUUCUGGAUGAAUUAACUAAAUAAGUUGUACCCCCAAAGCUCUCUUUAGGGAGGUUGCUAAUAAAUUGGGUCUAUUGAAAUCA